GUCGCGUGUCGCUCGAUCAGCAGGUAGCUCGGGCUCGUGAGUCAGUGGGCAGCCAGGUAACAACUCGACCAAUUACAGGUCGAGAACUAAACAUAAAAGUCGAAUAUUACUGAAGCAGGUCGACCCGACAGCAUGUUCCUAGCGCUCCUGGUGGCUGCCGGCCUCUUGUGCUGUGCCCAAACUUCGCCUGUUACUAAGCCUGGCAGCCAGAAGGUGGACCUCACUCCUAACAUCCGAGCUAAAAGGAACUCCAGGAUCAUCGAAGAGUGUAUGUUGGUGGGCCUGGAGGAAGGUACCUACUACUACAAGAGCCGAGGUACGGGGGACGUGUGCGGGGUGUACCUGCUGAGCCAACCAGACCAGGCCGUCCACGUCUCCUUCGACUACCUUGAUGUUGACUGUGACACCCAAGGCCUCGUCAGCUUCGUGGACGGGUGGGAGCUGGGAGGCGAGCUCUUCCCCAGUGAGAUAGACGCCCCCCUAGAGGGUCGAGUCCAUGAACUAUGUGGUAGGAUCAAGAAGAAGGCAUUCACCACCUCUGGCAACGCUGCCCUAAUCCAGUAUCGCGUCCCCUCCCGAGGUGAUGGCUUCAGGAUCACCGUCAGAUACAUCAAGAACCCCACACCGUGCAACAUCCUGGUGGACGACGUCUCAGGCGUGUACACCUUGAGGAACCACGGCCAACGCACCAACUGCUCCAUAACCACCAUCUUCCCCGCCACCGUCACCAUCGUGCAACUGGCUGUGGGCGUCAACGGAGCCGCUGUACCUAACAGGGCUGUAGAGACUGGCGUUCUUAGCAGGUGUGAGAAGCGAGGCUCCCGUGACUAUGUGCAGAUAGGCGGGGGACAAGGGCUGGACGUGACCAAGCUGGAGGUGGAGGAUUCUGUGUGUGGCAUGGACUCCAACCCCCGUAUGCCAGCGUCCCACAUCCUGUGCGGGAUGACCACCGUCCGCAUGGUGUCUUCUGGCCUCACCGACAACUCCAUCACCCUCGCCAUCUCCCAGAUUACUGAUUUGGAAGUGAUGCCCACGCUCAUGUGUGAACUGUCUCUGUGAGCAGGCAGCCCGGACCUUCCCUCCAGAGGCCCUCCUGAAGAAGACGCAACCACACCUACGGUCCCUCCCUCGGCCCUCACUCCACCUCCCUCCUCGGGCGACCUCCAGGACCCUGCAGCCCCGCCACAAGACUCAGGCAGCGCCCCGCCACGGCACAUCCUCGGAGCCGCUACCACCACUACCACCACCACCACCCUGGCUGCAGCUUACUGACCAACGCCAACACCACCACCAUCUCUUUUCAUAUAUCAGUAACUCCCUGCACACGUUUUUUUCCUAAUUUUUCUAGGUUUUCAGCAUGGCAGAUGACUAGGGCGUCUGGAGAUCCAUGUUCAGGAUUUCUCUGCCAAGCAAGGCGCCUGAUUGAUCUGUUGCAAACGUCAACAAACAGUUAACGGACCACCACAGUAGCAGUUGUUUUGUGGUUAUCUGCCGUUAACAGGCCGCAAUAUGACAUGUUAUUGCAUCUGUCUACCGCAGUGUAUGUUCAUGUAUAUAACUGGGUGAAGAUAAUUAGUAAACAUGAUAUUUUCUGACAAUGUAUCAAUCACCAGGGUGGCAGGCCAGGCCAGGGUGCAGUAACUUCAACAUGACUUAAACUGUAUAUAAAAUUACUACUUAAAACUCAAAGAUGUUUUCAUUAUCGCACAAACUAAGAAGCGAAUUUUAUUAAUCCUGGGCAGUAUAAACAAACACUUCAGAAGAAAGACGUAAAAAGGAAAGAAAAGGCCGAUGGAUGGUAAUUUUUCAACACUUUAGGUAAGUCUAUGCAGGAAGUACAGUUUUCUUUGGUAACUCUCACAGGAUAAACUGCAAAAUAAUCUCAUUGUCAGGGAACUUAUGUAUCAUUCUUAAUAAACAUGUUAGUAUACAAGGAAGAAAAUGAACACGAGAGGAAGUAAUCUGUUAUGGGUUAAUAAAUAAUUAUCUCCAGUGUGAUGCUUUAAGUGUGUCUUCUGUACGACACACUAACACGAGAGACUCAUCAUAACCUAACCUCCAAAAAUGGAAUUCAGAUGGAUUAUAUUUAUGUGGUCGAGUUAUUGUUUACAAUAAUAAUUAUGGCGAGAGAAUUAUAAAAAAAUAACAAUGUAAGUGGAUUUACAAUUAAAAUUUAUGUUUCAA